CAUCCAAUCCAAUUCAAUCAUUUGACCUUGGAAAAAAAAAUAUUCAAUCAUUUGACGUUGCACUUGUUUAACUUCGGGUUCGAAUUGCGGGUCGUUCCGUACAAAUAAAGCCCAAAUACUGUUUUUAAAAUGUCAAAUACGGGUUCGGAUCCAUUGACUUAAACUUAAAAGGCACCCACCCAAAAUCAACCCUCUCUCAACCAUAACCACCACCGUCACCGCCACCACCACCUCCACAAAACUCAACACAAAAUCCCCCAAUUCCCAUCAAACCCUAACCCUAGACAUCAGAACAAUGUCCACACCACCCCCGCCCUCGCCCACGGCCUCAGCCUCGGCCUCGGUCCCUGCCUCGCCAGUCUCCACCAAGAAGGCCCAGCCUCUGCCAUGGACGCACGAAGAGACGGUGCAGAUGAUCCGGGCCUACCAGGAAAAGUGGUACAAGCUGAGAAGAGGUCCGCUCAAGUCGAGCCAAUGGGAGGAGGUGGCGGUGACGGUGGCGGCUCGAUGCGGCUACGAGCACGCUGAGCAGUCGAAGACCGCCACUCAGUGCCGUCACAAGAUGGAGAAGCUCCGGCAACGGCACCGUACACUGAAGAAGCGCCUCCGGCCCGGGUCGAGAUCGCGUUGGCCCUUCUUCGAGCUCAUGGAGAGCUUGGAGCGCGGGCCCAUGCCCAUCUCCUCCAGACCCAUGGCUGUGAUGCCAUAUCAGCCAGAUGAAGAAGAAGAAGAAGAAGCGCAGCGUCAUGGCGUUGAUGUUGAUGGUGAGGAUGAUGAUGAGGAGAAUUCCAGUAAGGUGCGGAGUAUUGAUUACAUACUACGGAGGCCCACGAUUGUGAAUAGGUUUUCUGGAGGACAAGCCUCGUUUUGGCAGGACACAGCGGCGAUGGCAGCGGCAGCCAAGAGAUCGAGAGACGCGGUGGACGGUGGCGGUGGCUACAAUGGCGAUGUGGUGGAGCCGCCCCAGAUGGGGGGAGAGAUGGCUGUGGAAUUAGCAGACGAAAUUAGGGCUUUUGCGAAUAGGUUCAUUGGGGUUGAGAACACGAGGAUGGAGAUCAUGAAGGAAACAGAGAGGUGUAGAUUGGAGAUGGAGAAGAGGAGGAUUGAUAUGAUUCUGCAAUCCCAGCAAAAGAUUGUUGACUCCAUUGACAAGGCCUUUGGCUCUUCUACCAACAAGUUGAGUAGCUAAUCAUGAUGAUUUGUUGCUCAUUAUCAAGUUAAUCUGUUUUGAAGGUUCAAUCUUUAUUUUUUGUUGUAAACUUAUGAUCUUUUUAGCUGUGUUGUUGUUCCAUUGGAUUUGUAUAGUUGACAGUUGAAACCCAGAAUUUGUAGAAUAGUUCUGGGUCUAAUUUGUUGAGGGAUUCAAUCCCAUUAUGUGCAAUUGUUAUUAUUCUAGUUCUAGUGGUAGUUUUCCUAGCAUAGCUAAUAAAUUUUCAUGCUUUGAUCAGAAACCUUGGGAA